AUGGACACAAAGCUGGACCCUUCCCGGGAUGACCUACCUCUCAUGGCCAACACCAGCCACAUACUUGUGAAGCACUAUGUACUGGAUUUAGAUGUGGACUUUGAAAGUCAAAUCAUCGAGGGCACCAUAGUGCUUUUCUUUGAGUCUGGAAAGAAACAGAGUGGGUCCACCAAGGAACCCUGCCGAACAGAGUCAAACGAAGCCUGCAGAUUUAGGAUGCCUGAACCCUGCCAUAGUCCUGUGACAGAUACGAGGACCUUCUCCUCUAAAACAAGAUCUAAUGAUUUUACAAUCUGUGGUAAAGGUGAAAAAGAUACUUCUGGUAAAGAUGGUAACCAUGACAACCGGGAACAGGCUUCUGGGAUUUCUAGCUCAAAGUACUGCUGUGACACAGGGAAUCAUGGGAGUGAGGAUUUUUUGCUAGUGUUGGACUGCUGUGAUUUAUCUGUGUUAAAGGUUGAGGAGGUGGAUGUUGCUGCUGUGCCAGGUAUUGAAAAAUUGACAAGGUCUCCCAAGCUCACAGUUGUUUCUGAGGAGCUCAGGAAUCAGAUUGUGUGUGAACUUGUGACUCUGCCUGCAGAUCGUUGGAGGGAGCAGUUAGACUAUUAUGCUCGUUGCAGCCAGGCUCCUGGCUGUGGGGAACUCCUGUUUGACACUGACACUUGGAGCUUGCAGAUCAGGAAGACAGGGGCUCAGACAGCUACUGACUUUCCUCACGCCAUAAGGAUACGGUACAGCACCAAACCCCAGGGGCGAUCAGUUACCUGGACCUCAGACCAGAGUGGCAGGCCAUGUGUUUAUACUAUGGGAUCUCCCAUAAACAACAGGGCCCUUUUUCCCUGCCAGGAGCCACCCGUUGCCAUGUCAACAUGGCAAGCUACAGUUCGAGCAGCUGCAUCUUUUGUUGUUUUAAUGAGUGGGGAAAAUUCUGCCAAGCCAACACAGCUUCGGGAAGGGUGCUCAAGCUGGCAUUACUAUGUAACCAUGCCGAUGCCGGCCUCCACCUUCACAAUCGCAGUGGGAUCCUGGACAGAAAUGAAGCCAGAGACCUGCUCAUCCAAUGAUCUGGCAGCAGAGAGAUCUCUGUCACCUUCCGAGGCCGACUUCAGAUAUGUUGGCAUUUGUGGUCACAUGGAAUACCCCUGCCGCUUCCAGAAUCCUUCUGCCACCACCCAGGAAAUUAUUCCUCAUCGGGUCUUUGCCCCACUGUGCCUCAAGGGUGCCUGCCAAGAGACCCUUCUGCAACUGGUCCCUCCUUGCCUCUCAGCAGCACACCAUGUCCUGGGAACACACCCGUUCUCCAGGCUGGACAUACUCAUCGUCCCCGGCAAUUUUCCGAGUCUGGGGAUGGCCAGCCCACACAUCAUCUUCCUCUCUCAGAGCGUCUUGACGGGAAACAGCCAUCUCUGUGGGACCCGUCUCUGCCAUGAAAUUGCUCACGCCUGGUUUGGGCUAGCCAUCGGGGCCCGGGACUGGACGGAGGAGUGGCUGAGCGAAGGGUUCGCCACUCACUUGGAAGAUGUGUUCUGGGCCAAAGCACAGCAGCUGGACCCCCACGAGGCCCAGGAGCAGCAGGAGCUGAAGGCUUGUCUACGCUGGUGUCGUCUCCAGGACGAGGUGCGGAACUCCCCGGAGGAGAUGCAGGUGUUGAGACCCAAUAAAGAGAAGACUGGCCAUGUGAGUGACUCAGGAUCAUCUGUCGUCAAACAUGGGCUCAAUCCUGAGAAGGUCUUCAUGCAGGUUCAUUAUUUAAAGGGCUAUUUCCUUCUCCGGUUCCUUGCCCAAAGACUUGGAGAUGACACCUAUUUUGCAUUUUUAAGAAAAUUUGUGCACACCUUUCAUGGGCAGCUGAUUCUUUCUCAGGAUUUCCUUCAAAUGCUGUUGGAGAACAUCCCAGAAGAAAAAAGGCUUGAGUUGUCUGUGGAGAACAUCUUCCGAGACUGGCUUGAGAGUUCUGGAAUACCCCAGCCGCUGCAGAGGGAACGCCAGGCCGGGGCGGAGUGCGGGCUGCGCGACGAAGUGAGCGUCGAGGUCGAGAAAUGGGUCAGAUGAACCAGACCGAAAACGGGGAAGCGAAGGGAGACCGAAGAAAUUUUUUCUGAACUCCUUCCAGACCAGCUUGUCUUACUUCUGGAGCAUCUCUUGGAGCAGAAGACUUUGAACCCCCGGACUCUUCAAAGCCUUGAAAGGGAAUAUCGCCUUACCCAGCAGGAUGCAGAGGUUCGCCAUCGGUGGUGUGAACUCAUCAUAAAGCAUAAAUACACAAAAGCAUACAAAGAUGUGGAGAGAUUCCUCCAGGAGGAUCAGGCCAUGGGCAUCUACCUCUACGGGGAGCUGAUGGUGAGCGAGGACUCCCGGCAGCAGCAGGUCGCCCGCCGCUGUUUCGAGCUGACCAAGGAGCAGAUGGACAGAUCCUCAGCCCAGGUGGUGGCCGAGAUGUUAUUCUGAAGAGGAAAGAUCACAGCGAGAUUCUUUUUCAUGCAUCUACUCCUAGCCCUGGUGGGACCAGGAUCGCAUUGACCCUGGACAUCAAAGGAAGGGUGUUGGGGCUGCUAAAGCCAUCAGCCAGCAGUGUCCAGGCCUUGGUGCUUCUCUUUCCAGAGGCUGCUGUCCCUGGAGUUCACGGACCGCGUGGUGCCUUUGUCCCCUGCCCUGAACUUGCCACCCCAAGACACGGAAUCUAAAUUGGAUCUCUUCUGUGAGGUCAAGGCAGUUCUUUCACACAAACGAUGAAAGCUGUCUGAGAAAAAAAUCAGAAAAACUGCUGAACUUGUUGCAUGGAUCCUCUCAGCAUAUGGCUGCACUGGAUGUUUUUUAGAAUUCCAGGAAGUCAGAGAUUCUGUAUACUGGGAUCAGUGAACACCAUUUGGUAUUCUUCUCUGGGUCAUUUCAGAAAGAUCCUACAGGAUUGUCUUGAUCGCUAGGUCUUGUUCUUUAGCUAUUUCUGAAAGGGCAGGGUAAGAAUCCAAGAUGUGUUCAUAAUAAAACAUGAUUGCUAUUUUUGUAUUCCUGCGUGCUUCUGAAUUUCAUACUUUUUAUUAUUUU